CGGCGGGUCAGCUGACAGCUAUCAGAGCACCGGUGGGGGGGGAAGAGCGGAAUUAGCGGGUGUGUGGACUGGGAAUCUACUGGAUCUUGACUUAAGCUAUAUCCGACGCCAAAACGCGGAGCGGGACACCGGUGGCGUCCGUGAGAGAACUAGGGUGGGGUUUGGUUUCACCAUGGACUGUUGGGACUGAGAAGCAGCCACAAUGAUUGGAGGAUUGUUCAUCUACAACCAUAAGGGGGAGGUCCUCAUCUCCAGGGUCUACCGAGAUGACAUUGGGCGCAACGCUGUGGAUGCGUUCCGUGUGAACGUGAUUCACGCCCGGCAGCAGGUCCGAUCCCCAGUGACCAACAUUGCCCGAACCAGCUUCUUCCACGUCAAGCGCUCCAACAUCUGGUUGGCGGCAGUCACCAAGCAGAAUGUCAACGCCGCCAUGGUGUUCGAGUUCCUGUACAAGAUGUGCGACGUCAUGACCGCCUACUUCGGCAAGAUCAGCGAGGAGAACAUCAAGAACAACUUUGUACUCAUCUACGAGCUGCUGGACGAGAUCUUGGACUUUGGAUACCCUCAGAACUCAGAGACUGGAGCUCUGAAGACCUUCAUCACCCAGCAGGGCAUUAAGGGACAGCACCAGACAAAAGAGGAGCAGUCUCAGAUCACCAGCCAGGUGACGGGGCAGAUCGGCUGGCGUCGCGAAGGCAUCAAGUAUCGCCGCAAUGAGCUUUUCCUGGACGUACUGGAGAGCGUCAACCUGCUCAUGUCACCGCAAGGCCAGGUCCUGAGCGCCCACGUGUCGGGCCGAGUAGUGAUGAAGAGCUACCUGAGCGGAAUGCCAGAGUGCAAAUUUGGCAUGAACGACAAGAUCGUCAUCGAUAAGCAGGGCAAGGGAGGGGCAUCUGAUGACGCAGGGAAGAGUGAUUUAGGGGGAGGAAGUGGGAAGCAGUCCAUAGCCAUCGACGACUGCACUUUCCACCAGUGUGUGCGUCUCAGUAAGUUUGACUCGGAGCGUAGCAUCAGCUUCAUCCCCCCUGAUGGAGAGUAUGAGCUCAUGAGGUAUCGCACCACUAAAGACAUCAUCCUGCCGUUUCGAGUAAUUCCUCUGGUCAGGGAGGUUGGACGCACCAAACUGGAGGUUAAGGUGGUCAUCAAGUCCAAUUUCAAACCCUCACUGCUGGCCCAAAAGAUCGAGGUGCGUAUCCCAACCCCCCUCAACACUAGCGGCGUGCAGGUGAUUUGUAUGAAGGGAAAAGCCAAGUACAAGGCCAGUGAGAACGCCAUAGUAUGGAAGAUCAAACGCAUGGCUGGGAUGAAGGAGUCUCAGAUCAGUGCUGAGAUCGAGCUGCUGCCGACCAACGAUAAGAAGAAAUGGGCCAGGCCUCCCAUCUCUAUGAACUUUGAGGUUCCUUUUGCGCCAUCUGGUCUGAAGGUUCGCUACUUGAAAGUGUUUGAGUCCAAGCUCAACUACAGUGACCAUGAUGUCAUCAAAUGGGUGCGAUACAUCGGCCGCUCCGGCAUCUACGAAACGCGCUGCUAAAAGUUCAACCGGCUCCCGGCAGCGAAGUGACCACUUUCCUCCCAUCUAUCCUGUUAAGAUUUUUUUUCUUCUGCCCCUUCCUACUCUGUCUCUCUUGUCCCCUUAAUCCUUAUAGCUUCUCUCAUACGCCCCCACCCACCUCCACCCUCACCCAUUCCUAACUAGGUGUCGGAGAUUGAAUUACAUUGUUAAAAAAAAAAAAAGAAAAUAAAUAUGAUAUGAUGCACAGACAUAUGCAAAAUGUGAACCAU